UUUGGUGUUCCCAAUCGAAAGCAACUUGCAGUUGAAAUGAAAGUUUUAAUCACAUUCUUGUUUCUGGGCUUGUGCUUCAGUGGCAUCCCAGCGGAGGACGAGCUGGAAAGCAUCGCUGACCUUCUGAAGGAUAAUGCUAAAGGCGUGGAGGCUGCCAAUACGCUCCUGACCAGGAUCGCAGUAGUUAGCGAGGAGACCCAAGUUGGCUUGGCCGAGCAAAAGGAGGCUCUGAAAGUUCUGACUCUCGUUGAGAGUCUGCUGGCCAAACUGACUCUGUCCUUGGAAACAAGCUCCCAGAAUCUGGUGGCUACCCUAUUGAACCUCUCUCGGCAAGGCGAAGAGUACGGAAAUCGCACAGGGGCAGAGCUUUUGGAACUGGUCCGUAUCCAGGAAGGCACCAAGGAGCUGCUCAAUGCACUGGAGGCCAAAAUGGAAGCCUACCAGAGGCAUGUUCUCAACAGUUCGCGAAACAUUGACAAAAGCAUCGAUGGGCUGGCCAAACUGAUCACUAGGACUGUGCUCCCCCAACUUAAUGGGCUAAAGUGCACCUUUAAUAACCUGGAAACAUCCCAAAUCAACGUGGAGGUGGAGCUAAAGAACCUGGCAGGAGUCAAGGAACUUAGCGAGGACUCUAACCACAAGCUGGACGUGCUUGAGUUCCAAUUGAAGCAGUUGAAUCGCACCCAAGAGCAGCGCCUUGACUCCCUGAUCGACGCUGUGAAGCGCCUGCAGCCUCAAAGCUCUUGGAAAGUGGAGGCAGCUCUGCGUGAAUUGAUCAUAUCCCAGAAACGCAUUGAAUUGGAUUUGGAGGAGUGCAGUCGGCACCAGCCAUAUCCGGAAUAUGGCCAUCAGGAUGAGUCAUAUCUCCCUAGCUAUGGAGCUGAGAUUCCAGAGCCGCAGUACUCCCAGCCCAAGCCCAAGCAGGUAGAUUUGGAGCAAGUGUGGAGCAUCAAGGAGGAGCCCAAGCAAGGAGAAUAUUCCGGAAACCAUAGGGUCUCUGCCUAUGCUCAAUCCCCCGAGCCAAAGAAGAAUCAUCAGAGCUCCAGCGCCGUGUCCUGGCGGCAAUCGGUACCUUGGGAGAAUCCCUCUCCAUACCAAUCCGCUCCAGUUCAUCAUCACCAGCCAUGGAAACCAGCUCCUGCCUACGGACCCAUCUCCAAUGACAAGUCAAAACCAUGUCCCAAAGGACAGCAGUCUUCUCCAGCAACCUAUGGACUUCCGCUUCCUGUCCACCCAUCUCCUAACCCCGAACCACUACCCACUUCUGUUGGAUAUAAGCCGAAAUCAAACCACGACCAAUCCCCGAAACCUCAACAGGAAGAAACCUACAAGCCAGAACCCCUUCAGCCUGGAGAGUCCUACAGGAUUUGGUACGGAGAUAGUUCACAACCGCAAGGAUACUGAGGAUAGAUCAAACUGGCACAAAUAGUAUUCCCGAAACCGAUACCCGAAACGUUUAGUAAAAUUUAAUAGAACUUCUCAAAAAUAACACUUUAAUAACCGAUUUAAUACAUUUUUAUGUUUUGAUAAAUAAAAAAUAAUG